GAGAAGCUGCACAAACAUGGCUUUCAAAAUAUAAAGGUCUUAGAGGCUACUGGAAGAACCGGAGGACGGAUCCGUACAGAGCGUUUUGAUGUGGAAACAUAACUGCUUCCAGAACCCAGACAGAAAUGUGAGAUAAAGCAAGCAGGGACACUCUGCACAUCUCCCCUGCAUCUUCUACUUUGGUCGCCACUUUCAAGGAAGAACAAGAAUGGUCAUCAACAUGCAGACGGGGCUGGCUACCAGACUCCUCCUCCUUGCCAUCCUGCCGCUUGUGGCACUGUCCGAUACCAAGCACGGCUCUACUGACUCGGAAGAACCAGAACCCUUGGGUCCUCAGGGUCCAGUCGUGGUCAUUAUCGGUGCUGGAAUCUCUGGUAUUGCAGCAGCAGAGAAGCUGCACAAACAUGGCUUCCAAAAUAUAAAAGUCCUAGAGGCUACUGGGAGAACCGGAGGCCGGAUCCGCACAGAGCGUUUCGCAAAAGGCCUGGUUGAGAUUGGCGCACAAUGGAUUCACGGACCAUCUCCAGGCAACCCAGUCUUCGAGCUGGCAUCUCAAUUUGGUCUUUUACGCCCAGAUACUUUGCUUGAGGAGAAACAAAAAAUUAAAUGGGACGACCAUCCCUCUUCCCUACCAGUUAUCUACAGUAGUGCAGGAAGAAAGAUCGACCCAGAAGUGAUGACCAACAUUACAGAGUUGCAUAACACAUGGGUGACUCAAGUCCGGAAUUUCACCAAUGGUGAUUGUGAUCCUGAAGCUAGUGUGGGACAAUUUAUCAGAGAAAAGAUUGUCCACAGCUCACAAGAAUGGGACAAAGAACAAGUUAAAAUGAACAUGGCUUUCUUAGGGGCAUUGCUCAAAUUGGAAAGUUGUGUAACUUCAGCCCAUAGUAUGGACCAGGUGGCACUAUGCCCUUUUGGGGAAUAUACAAUGUUUCCAGGACUUGAUUGCACCUUUCCUAAAGGAUUUGAAAGUCUUGUGAACCACAUGAAGGCACCACUUCCAAGUGGCACUGUAUUACUGAACAAAGCAGUAAAGAGCAUUCACUGGAAUGGAUCCUUUCCUGGCAGCGACUCUCAUGUGUAUCCUGUGCAAGUGCAGUGUGAAGAUGGUGACAGCUUUGUGGCAGAUCACGUCAUUGUCACUGUUCCUCUAGGAUUUCUGAAGAAACAAUCAGUGGAUUUCUUCAGCCCUCCUCUUUCACCGAAAAAAACGCAGGCUAUUAAGAAUUUGGGAUUUGGAACCAAUAAUAAAAUUGUGCUGGAAUUUGAAAAACCCUUUUGGGACUCAAACAGUACUCAUAUACAGAUUAUUUGGGAAGGAGAAUCUCCUCUUACUGAACCAAAGGAAGACCUGAAGCAGAAUUGGAUGAAGAAAAUUGCAGGAUUUGUUGUCCUGGAGCCACCUGAACAGAUGGGGCAUGUGCUCUGUGGAUUCAUUGCUGGAGAGCAGUCUAAAUAUAUGGAAACAUUAACAGAUGAAGACAUUUUAUCAACAAUGACUGAUUUUUUCAGAAAAUUCACAGGGGAUCCUGAACUGCCUCCACCAAUCAGCAUGGUGCGUUCUCAGUGGCAUAGCCAGCCAUACACUGGUGGCUCUUACAGUUACGUAGCAGUGGGCAGCUCUGGCAUUGAUGUGGACAAUCUAGCAGAACCGCUACCCACAGACAAAGUAGUUCUCAAGCCGUUGCAGGUUCUUUUUGCUGGAGAAGCCACAGAAAGAAACUUCCAUUCGACAACGCAUGGAGCUCUUAUGUCUGGUUGGAGGGAAGCACAGCGCUUGAUUGACAGAUAUAUAGAUCUUGGGGCCACUGUUAGCAAAGCAAAGCUCUAAAGAUACAUAGUCAU